AAUUUGGUUACGUCUUUACAAAUUUAAAAAACAAAAAACUACACAGCCCCUCCCCAGCAAAUCAAACAGUGCGCCCUCCCUCACUCAGUGCUCUCAUCUGAUCAUCGCGUCCUCUCUGCUUCACUUUUGCAUCGUCAAAGAAUUCGUUUUGGUCUUCUGUCUAGGAAUGGGUCUUCUCAGCAUCAUUCGGAAAAUCAAGAAGAAGGAGAAGGAAAUGCGAAUUCUUAUGGUUGGGUUGGACAAUUCAGGGAAAACUACAAUCGUUUUGAAGAUUAACGGGGAGGACACUAGCGUCAUCAGUCCUACCCUUGGAUUCAACAUCAAAACCCUCACCUACCAGAAGUACACUCUAAAUAUAUGGGAUGUUGGAGGCCAAAAAACCAUUCGAUCUUACUGGAGAAACUACUUUGAGCAAACAGAUGGUUUGGUUUGGGUAGUUGACAGUUCGGAUCUGAGAAGAUUGGAUGAUUGCAAAAUGGAGCUAGAUAACCUUCUAAAGGAAGAGAGACUAUCUGGAGCAUCCUUACUAAUUCUAGCAAAUAAACAAGAUAUUAAAGGCGCCCUUGCACCAGAAGAAAUAGCUAAGGUGUUGAACUUGGAAGCGAUGGAUAAAUCUCGACACUGGAUGAUAGUUGGCUGUAGUGCAUACACUGGUGAGGGCUUGCUUGAGGGAUUUGAUUGGUUGGUCCAGGACAUAGCCUCUAGAAUCUACUUGCUUGACUAAUUAUUCUCAUGCCGAUAUCCAUGAAAGGGUUCAAAGCUCAAACUUAGAAGAGCAUUCUUAAUCCCAAUAUGCUAUCAUUGGAUGGCAUCAUCCCUGCAUCUCUUGAGAUGUUCCGCAUGGAACUUUUACCUCCUCUUUUCUAAUCAAUCAUUUAAUCUGGUCAGUGUACUAAGCUUAUUUACUGUAAGGUUUUUAUGUGAAUAUGAAGCUGGGAAGUAGAAUACUCCCUUCCCUCAGUAUCAUAUUAUUAGUAAAAGAAUAACGACCUAUAAUAAGCAUCACUUUUAUGUUUUCAAUGUACUAUUUAAUAUUUUAUUUCAGUCCUACCUUAAAAUUAA